AUGACUAUGCUGAGUCGGGUAUUCGCAUCUGCAUGGUGGAAGGUGUUAUCGGUUCAGCUGCAAUGGUAUGAACAUAAGCAAGGUGGAGUUAGGACAGAAUCAGAUCACCAUGACAACUUUAGCACGGCACCUUAUCAGCGCCCGCCGGAUGUGAUUACGGGAUCCACUUCGAAAAUGAAGAAACGGAGCCAUAACAUACGAGUGUGGUCACCCCCUGAACACAGGGACCGCCAUCUCGAUGAUUACAUCCAAGCUGUGCAAAAGGAUAUCCUCAAAGUAACGUCCAAAAAAGGACCCCCACGACACAAUCUGUCAAGUGAAGAACGCAAAGCACUCAGCGAUCUUGAGAAGCGAAAGGACAUUGUCAUCAAACCCGCGGACAAGGGAGGUGUUAUUGUGGUCAUGGACACUGACGCAUAUAUUCGCGAGGGAGCCCCCCAACUGGAAGACACAACGUUUUAUGAGAGGCUUGAUCGCGAUCCCACACCAGACUAUGCGUCAAAGAUCGAGAGGACCCUAACCGACCUCCGUGAUAACAAAAAAAUCACGCCUGAUACACAUAAGCAACUCCUUCCACAAUCUCCGAAACCUGGUCGCUUUUAUCUGUUACCCAACAUUCACAAGCCGGGCAAUCCAGGCAGACCCAUCAUAUCUGGCAACAACACAGUGACAGAGAACUUGUCAACGCUUGUGGACUACCUCAUCAAGGACAUCCCCCCCACCCUUCAGUCAUAUGUGAAAGACACCAACCAUUUUCUAAAGACCAUUCGCAACCUCAAACUACCUGAGAACUGCUUCCUUGUCACCCCUGAUGUAGCGUCCCUCUACACUAAUAUUCCCCACUCUGACGGCAUCGAGGCGGUCGUGGAAGCCUACACGAAAUCACCGUCGGACAGUCCCUACCACGUGGACAGCGCCACACUGAAGGUACUAUUGGAAAUUAUACUAACGCUGAACAACUUCGAAUUUAAUGGCCAACACUACGUCCAGAUAAAUGGCACAGCUAUGGGCACAAAAAUGGCCCCAAACUACGCGAACAUCUUCAUGGGUAAAUUGGAAACAUGUUUUCUGUCGCGGUGCCACAUCAGACCAUUUCUCUAUAAGAGGUAUAUCUAUGACAUAUUCAUAAUCUGGGACAACACUGAGAGUUCACUACUGGAAUUCAUUCGGGACUUCAACAACGCGCACCCCAGCAUCAAUUUCACCCACAACUAUUCAACCACAACUACGAACUUUCUGGACGUCACGUAA